AUGACGGCGAAUCUGGCCCUAAGCUGCUCAAACAACUACUCUUGCCCCUCAAAAUCACCACUCGCUCUCCGAACUCGCAAAACCCGAAGUACCGCUCCUUCAGCCCGCAGCUCGGUGCCUUCGGUUUCGGCUCCGAACGUGCUUCCCGGAGACCCACCCGGCUCCGAGCCUUAUUUGCGGGGCGUGGGUCUUCGUCCCGGCCGAGCAAACCGGCGCAUUUCGCCCAAAAAGAGCAUCGUCCCAAUUGUUCGAAACAAAAAGGACAAUGAUCCAAAAUGCGCGGACGAAUCGGAGACUGUGGUGGCGGUGGACGUGCUGGAUUAUUUGCCGAUGGAGGUGGCCAAGAUGGUGAUUAACAUGCAGCAGUAUUACGCGGCGGGGGUGGAGGAGCUGAUGGGCAAGUUGGGCAGCAUGAGUGAGGAAGUGAGGCUCGCGAGGAAGGAGAAUGAAGAAUUGUUGGAGAAGUUGGCGGGUUUGAGUGAGGAUGUUGUGCUUGAGAGGGAGGAGAGUGAGGAGAUGAGACGGAGGCUGGAUAUGCAUUUUGUGAUGCUGCGGCAGGCGAAUAAGUUUAUGCAGAGCGUGAGGGAUGGGUCGUUGGGGGGUGUUGAGGGGGUGGAUGUGCCGACACUUGUUGAGGAGGAGGAAGAAGAGGAAGAGGUUUCGAUGAGAGGGUUGGAUAUGGAGGUGCCGCCGGUGCCGAGUGUUGAUAGGGAGCCAGUUAGGAGUACCGGGAGGAAGGUGCCGAAGAGGAGGGCGGGUGGGAAUUAUGGGUUGAGGAGAAGGGGGAAGAGGCAGACGAGAAUGAAGAAGACUUCUACGGCGGAGAAAGGGGUGCAUUUUGAAGGCGGGUCUGAUGCCAUGGAUAUUCAUCAAGCAGAAGAAGAGGCUGCUCCUCAGGAAAGGGAUGACGAGGACGAUGAGGAUGACGACCAUCUCAAGAUAUUAGCUGGUGCACCUCGGCUUCAAGCAAUGCUACGCAAAUCCGCUUGGACAGCAAUCAACCACCACCCAAACAACACGGAUCCAAACGCAGAUUACCGCCCUCACUCGCCAUCAUCCGCAUCAGAAUCCUCCUCAUCACCAUCACCACGGUCCCCAUCCCCCACACCUCUCCCCCGCCGCCCUCAAACUCCCACCAUUACAACACCAACAAAACCAUCAUCAUCAUCACCAACAAAAUCACCACCAUCAUCAUCAUCCUCUCGCCCCCGCUACUCAACCCCCCGCCACACCACCCUUCCCCGCUACGCAUCCGGCCCUCCCUCCCGCCCCUUCCGCUUCCACCGCAUGGGCCGCACCGUGCUCGACGUCUGGACAGAAUACAAGCACGGCAAGAAGGGCAACCCCGCGAUAGAAGCUCUCGAAAGGCAGUACGCAACGGGCUGGCGCACGGGCACGCUGCGCGAGAUCAAGUACGCGAGCAAUUAUGUUGGCGUGAGGCAAAAGGUCGUGAGUAAAGUGGAGGAGAUUUGUGCGAGGGAGGGGAUUGAGCCGGAGGAGGCGUGUAGGAGGCUGGAUGAGAGGGUGGAUGGGAGGAUGCAGAUGUUGAUUACGGCGGUGAGGAAGGGGGAGGAUCCGUUUGAGGUGAUUCCGAAGAGGUGA